AGAGGGUCCAGCCUACAGACCCCUCACUGCUUCAGUCUCCCAGAGAUCUUCCUCCUGCUCUGCUGCUGAUCGGUGACCCCGCCGCAGGAUGUCUUCCACCCCGGCGCUGCCCCCGCUCUUCACCACGCUGCCCUCCUUCCCCUCCGCCUCUCCAGGGAUCCCGGCUGCGGAGCUGAAUAGCACCUCCUGCACAGAAUGGGACCAGGCGCACCACCUCCUCUUCCACCUGGGGAGCUUGGCCCUGCUGCUGGCUCUGGCCCUCCCCAGCACCAUGAGCCUGCACAUGAUCCUGCUGCGCCUCCUGCUCAUGACAGGAUGCGCUCUCUUCAUCGUGUGGGCCACCCUGUACCGCUGCAACCUGGAUGUGAUGGUGUGGAACGUGGUGUUUCUGCUCGUCAACUUCAUGCAUCUGUUCUUCCUGCUGUACAAGCGCAGGCCGAUCAAGAUCGACCGGGAGCUUCGGUCGGUCUACAAGCGGAUGUUUGAGCCACUGCAUGUGAAGGAGGCUCUGUUCCAGAGGCUCACAGGACAGUUCUGCACCAUCCAGACUCUGAAGAAGGGCCAGGCCUAUGCUGCAGAGGACAAGACCUCUGUGGACGAACGCCUCAGCGUUCUCCUCAAGGGAAAGAUGAAGGUAACAUACAGGAGCCACUUCCUGCACAACAUCUAUACAAAUGCAUUCAUUGACUCUCCAGAGUUCAGGUCCACUGAGAUGCACAGAGGAGAGAAGUUUCAGGUGACCAUCGUGGCAGAGGAGAACUGUAAGUACCUGUGUUGGUCUCGAGAGAGGCUCACCUUCUUUCUGGAGUCAGACACCUUCCUCAAUGAGGUGUUCAGGUACCUCAUUGGCAAAGAUAUCACCAACAAACUGUACUCUCUGAACGACCCCACACUAAGUGACAAGGCGUUGAAGAAGAUGGACCGUCAGCCCAGCCUAUGCUCUCAGCUGUCUAUGAUGCAGAUGAGGAACAGUAUGGCGAGCACCAGCGACACUGAAGAUGUUCUGAACCAGAUUCUUCAAAGAGGAUCUGCAGGAUCAUCACGUAA